ACCUUUCGUUCAAUCAGUGUUGAUUUCACUUCUGACAAUAUACAUUUUGUUGAUUGCAGAUCGCUAAUGGAGCAAGGUAUCUUCGAAGGUGAUGUUGUCCUACUGAGAUUUAAAUUCAUGACGUUGUUCGAUAUGAAUCCUAAGUAUGACCCGGUACGAAUCAAUCAGUUAUAUGAGCAAGCUAAAUGGUCGAUCCUUCUGGAAGAAUUCGAUCAUACUGAAGAAGAGGCGAUGCUGUUUGCAGCUUUACAGGUUACCUACUCAUUUCUUCAAGCAACACUACAACGACAUUCGCCUGAGCCUGAAGAAACCGAACGAGAUGAUGUAGACGUCUUACUCGAUGAACUCGUAUGUGCAUUAGCAUAUCCAAAUUAUAAAGAUACCUCACGAUUCGUUUGA